AUGGACAUGAAUUUGCACAAGCUCCAGGAGAUGGAGCCUUUGUUGGAAGAGAUGGUCAUGGUCCUGAGCCCCCUGUUUUUGGUCUUCAUGCUGGGUCUGGGUCUGACCCCACUGGCCCUGGAUCAAGAUGACUACAGAUACAGACACUUCCUGACCCAGCACUACGACGCCAAACCAAAGGGCCGGGAUGACAAAUACUGUAAUAACAUCAUGCAAAAUCGAGGCCUGACCAGACCUUGCAAAGACACCAACACCUUUAUUCAUGGCAACAAGAAUGACAUCAAGGCCAUCUGUGAAGACAGGAAUGGAGAGCCUUAUGGAGGCAAUCUCAAAAUAAGCAGAUCUGCAUUCCAGGUCACCACCUGCAAGCAUAGAGGAGGUUCCUCCCGGCCUCCAUGCAAGUACAGAGCCACAAAAUCCUCCAGAGUCAUUGUUAUUGGCUGUGAAAAUGGCUGGCCCGUCCACUUUGAUGAGUCCUUUAUCCCUUCAAGAUAG